ACAACAACACACAUGAACCGAGCGCUUUGUGUGUGUGUUCAGUCUCUACUGCAGGAUCAGUCCAGCUGCGGCACAUCUGCUGUGUGUUAGAAACCGGUGUUUAAACCGAAUCGUUUACAAACACACGUCCAGCAGGAGUGAAGAGGAGAUGAUGAAGGAUCAUCUCCGGUGGUGAAGGAGAGGAUCAUGACGCAGCGGCCGGAGACCACAGUCUGAACACUGCGGGGGAAAACAACACCGACUCCGGCACAAUGAGUCAGGAUUCAUCCUCACAGACUCAGGAAGGAGAAUAAACUAUGUUUUCUUUCUAUCGAGAUGAUCUCUUCGGCUUCUUCCAUCACACUCCUCACUCCCAACGACCUCGAGUCGGGAUUGGGCGUGUGAAUUAAACUUCUCUCCAGUCUCUUCAAGCCUCGAUCUAUUUCCCUUCUCAUCCCACUUUCCAGAGACGAUGGACAGUCCUCCGAAGCUGGCCGGAGAGACACUGAUUGUUCAUCACAUCCCUCUAGUGCACUGCCAGGUUUCCGGUUCGCAUCAGCGCUGCAGGAGCCCUCUGAGGAAAAGCAACAACCCGUUCAGCUGCCCAGAAAACCUGGGCCUGAUCCGCACCACCUCGCUUCCCGAGAGAGAUGUCCUCCAGCGCGAGGCUCUAGUGUACAGCAGCCUGAUCCAGACCUCCAGCUCCAGCGAUGCUUUUGAAGAUGAAGGUAUGAGAGGAGGAGAGAAAAAAGGAGUGAGAGGUGGAAGCAUGGCGAGCGACACUUCCUCUUUCACGUCCAGCAAUUCUGAAGAUGCACUUCCUAAAGUCCUGACCAAGAAGGUGCACAACAGGCCAAGCUCACUCAGACACAAUCCCUUCCUGCUGAAUGCGCAGGAAGACGAUUAUGAUGAUGAUGAUGAUGACGAUGAUGGACACAACCUGAAUGGAUACUUGGAGGAUUCUUCCUUUCACUUGCAUGGAAACUCAAAUGCAUCCUUAGACGACAGAGUGGACUUGGCUCCAUUCCAUCUGCAUGAGCUGGGCUACAACUCCGGAUCGUUCCACCUGCAUGAAUCUUUAGAGAAGCCCUGGGGUUCUGACCAGAAGGGGGCUUCUGGGCGUCAUUUUUCUGCCCGUCUCGAGGGGCUUGAUCUUUUAGGGCUGGACAUUCAGCAUCGUCAUGGCAGCAACGGCUCCACCCUGUCGAUGGAUUGUGGAGAGCAAGAGUGGGACGACGAUGAUGACGAUCAGUCCAUGCAAGGUGGCCGAGGCAGUUCGGAAUGUUGUGGAUGCUCCCGGACGUAUCCUGAAUCGUUCCCAGACUUUGCACACGGUUACUGCAGCGAUUCAUCCUGCAACAGCUCUGACGGCAUUCUGGUCAACUUCAGUACCAUCUACAACAAGACGAACAACAUCGUCCCUGACAAGCCAAUCAACCUAAACAGCUCCUGCACCUCUUCCGUAUCUGAGCCAGUCUGUAAGGGCGGGGCUGAAUAUGGAAGUGGAGGUGGAGCUUUUUACUUGGACUUGCACAGAUCUCCAACGGAAGCUCCCCAGGAAGCCACCGACCUUCCGUCUUCCUCUUCCUGCCUAUGCUCUUCCCAGCCACAAGGUGGCAAAGUGGAGCUUGACGCUAACUGCAAUUCCUAUCACAACCACGAAGGUCUGUUACCCUCUGAGACCUCAGCCAAUGACCUCACUUCCUGUAUGCAGAGCCAGGCACAGCUGGUUGUCGCAACCCAGAACUACUACAAGCUGGUAACCUGUGAUGUUUCAACACAUUCCUCCCCAAGUCCUGCAGGAUCUUCAGUCACAAGCUGCUCUGAUGAACACAGCAAAGGAAGUCCCACCCAGCCCACAGAGUACUUCUUGUUUAGGCACACUAAAGAGCGAGAAGAGGAAGAAGAGCAAGGAGAGAAUGCACAGCAGUGUGAGAAGAAGGCGGAGCCACCGAUGAGUAACACUGAUUCCAUGCGUUCAAAUGUGAUUGAGGGACAAGUGUACGUCAACGUCUCACCACCUGUGGGAGGAGCUUCGGUCGGGGCCCGCCUUCGUUCCCGUAGCUAUGAUCGGAACCUGGACAAGACCCCACAGCCUCGUCUAGGCUCUCUGGAGCGCAUGCUAAGCUGUCCUGUGCGUCUCAGUGAGGGUUCCAGCCCGGGCCUGCCUCCUCCACCACGCGUCACUUCCUUCGCUGAGAUUGCAAGGAACAAAAAGAAGAACGGCGGAUCUCCUUCUCAGAAGACUGGUGCCGAAGCCUCUUCUGUUCACUCCCACUCGUCUGGAGAGUUCUCCCCGAUUCUUGAAGAUCUGUCCUCACUGAUUAACUCCCCCCACUGGAGCGCACCACUCAGAGCCUCGCCGGGGGGAGCAGCGAAAGAGACGCGGACCAAAGCAGAAGGUGGACUGUCCAGUUCUGCUGACUCGUCUCCAGCAGUAGUGCGCUACACUAAAGACCAGCGUCCCACUACGUUACCCAUCCAGCCCUUCACCUUGCAGCAGCAGUUCGGGAAACCCCAGACGAAGCCCGUCCUCCCUCUGCUGGACGAGUACAUCAAUCAUAUGCAGGCUCGUUUUGGCUCCGCCCCAUCUGAACGGGACGAGGAGGACUCAGACGACGAUGGUCAGCGUCCCCGGCCGUCUCCUCUGGGCAGUUAUUCGCCACCCCGAUCCCUCUCCUGCCCUGCCCCGCUCUCUCACACCCCGACUGGGGUCGCCAAGCUGGUCCCACUACCCCCGACUCCUCCCCCUGCCACCAGGGGGCAUUGUUUCCAGCGAGCUAAUCGGAGUAUAUUACCCACACUGCCCAGCUCCGGCCUCAGUCCAAUGGCACAGCUGGACCCGGGACCUCAGGAAGAGGAAGUGAAAGAAGCUCCUGUGUGUAUGACACAGAGACCGCACAAUGCACACCACCUCUCCCCACAGGCUCUUAAAUGGAGGGAAUACAGGCGUAAGAACCCUCUGGGUGUGGAAAACAAGAGAGACGGCAGUUCUUCCUCUCCCUCUUCCUCCUCCAUUCUGUCUGCUUCUGCUUCUCUGACUGCCAGGAGACGCACAGUGAGACGCAACGUCUUCGAUUUCCCUCCAUCAAAUCAUGCGCUGAACUUCAGCAGACUCAACGGUCAGUCAUUGAGGUGUUACAGUGACCUGCUGCCAGAUUAUUUCUCUCAGACAGAGCGACCCCCGGAGGAGUUCUGCCUCUCACCUGACGCAACCACUGAAGAGUCCAUCUCCAUCGACCUGCAUCAAAAGAGAGGUCUGGUGAAGGCCAUAAACACAGCAGUGGAUCUGAUUGUGGCUCAUUUCGGCACCAGUCGGGAUGCAGGAAUAAAGGCAAAGUUGGGCAACAGCUCGGUGAGUCCCAACGUGGCUCACUUGAUCCUGAAGUACCUGUGUCCCGCCGUGUGUGACGUGCUGCAUGACGGCCUGCGAGCGUACACACUUGACAUCAUCAUUGGUCAGCGGCGCAAUCAGCCCUGGAGCGUCGUGGAGGCCUCAACACAGCUCGGUCCUUCUACACGUGUAUUACACAGCCUCUUCCUGAAAGUCAGUCAGUACUCGGAGCUGACCAAUCACAGCAUGAGACUCAACGCCUUCAUCCUAGGACUCUUAAACUUGCAAUCUCUGGAAUUCUGGUUUAAUCACAUAUACACACAUGAAGACAUCAUAGCGGCCCACUACCACCCAUGGGGUUUCCUUCCCCUUUCUCAAGGGGCAUGUCAGCCAAUGUUUGAGGAGUUGCUGCUCCUGCUUCAGCCACUCUCGCUCCUGCCCUUUGACCUCGACCUUCUGUUCGAACCACAUCAGCUGCAGAAAGGUCAAGAGCACCUGAGGUGCAAAGAGCAGCUCUGCUCCACCCGCCAGGGCCUCGAACAAUCAGCUCGCUCCACGUUCCAGCUCAUGAGGGGCCCGACAGAGCCUAUACAGCUAAAACAAGAGGUGGGGUCAAAUCCGAACAGGGCGGAGCAGCUUCACAGAGGCAGGUUUGCGUUAAGGUGUGAGGGAACCUGGCCUCGAAUGGAUGGGGCAGAGUCGAAAAAACAAGUGCGGAGGGUGCGAAGGAGCGACAGGGCAGGUAGUGAAUCAGAGAGUGAAGGGCUCGUUUUGCACACAGGCAGGAUGAACGGAGUGGGCGGGGAGGACAAAGAGAGGGAGAGGAGGAAGGAAAGGGAAAGAGAGAGAGAUGGAGAGAGAGACAGGUUAAGAAGCAAGCAGGCAGGAUGGUGGUUCCAGCUCAUGCAGAGUUCUCAGGUCUACAUCGAGAACUCUGCUGAGGGCUCCAAGUUUGUCAAGUGGGAGAAGCGCAAGAAAGGAAGUGUGGCUGAGGGGCGGAGACAAACCAACCCACCCCCAAGAGUGGGCGUGGUCGAAGGUGCAGAGGCUCAUCAAGCAACGCAUGAAAAUCCAGAAACCACAGUGUGCAACGACACUCGUCAUACCGCCAGUACCGGAACCUUUCCCCAAUCAGAACAGUUCAAAUCGAUUAAAGGGAAGCCAUCUUGGAUGGGCAGUCCCCCGGAGUCAGUGCUGAGCGAGCUAAAGAGGACGAACGAGACACAGCCGGAGGGGGCAGGAGCGGAAACGCAGACAGCUCAGAAUCUACGCUGGGGGCGAUUGUUCGGAGCCGGAAACGUCGGCAAAACGGAGAAAACGGAACUCAAAUCAUCCAAGAACCCGAAAAGCAUGUUGCCGUCGGGUUGGCUGAGUUUGGAUCGGUCCGUGCUGGACUUGGUGGUGCAGUCUGUUGGGAAAAGGGCGGAGCCUCAGGCAUUAAACACACACAGUGCUGAGACACAACACUGCCAAACACAGCAGGACCAAACACAGGAGCCCAACACACAGACAACAGCUGCACGUGAGGUAAGGGCAUUGUGCCACCACAUCGCCACGGAAACAGGUCACCUGAGCUUCCAUAAGGGUGAUGUGUUGCGGGUCCUGAGCAGAGCGGACUCUGAUUGGCUGCUGUGCUCCCUUGGCGACGCCCACGGCCUGGUGCCGAUCAUCUACGUUACAUUAAACGACGAGGAGAGCGAAGAUCCUCGAGGGCCACAGUGAACACACACACACACACACACAGAACUACACAUCGUUUGGGAUGUGCAUCUUCAUUCACUCUGAUAAAGGAACAGGUUAAACAAACAUGGCUAACGCUAAUGUUAAUCUUAAACAAAUAUGGGUAUCGUCAUAUUUAUUGCCUGCUGUAUGAUAACAUUUGCCAUGCAAGAGACACGCAAACAGAAAAAAAGCCAAAUCAGUGUGUCAUGAAACUACCAAAAAAAUACAAGAUCAUGCUAGUGACGCUAAUACUACCCUUCGUUGUUAGCCGUGUUAACAUUGCCAGGUUUCCCGCUGACUUGUUGCUAAAACUAUGUAGCGCUCCUUCUUUCGUUCUUUCUUUCUGUGAUCUUUAUUAUGGUAUUACAACAGGUUUUUUUAAUGCACAUGCAAGACGUGAUUAGCGUUUAGAAAGUUUAGCAACUCAACAAAUUCUCAAAAGACACAAACAUCGACAUAGCAGCCCAACUUCAUGAACAUGAUUAUCAGUGACAGUGUUGCUCUCUACGCCUGUAGCACUGUCCGCUUUUAUAUAAACACCUACGAUUUUGUGUAAAUAUAUGGUCUGACAUCAUGUACGUAAACACGUGUACAGAAGCAGUGCAGCAGUCAUAAUGAGGUUAUAACUAGGGCCAGAGCGAAACGAACAUUCUGACACCGUUACCAAUUUUAAUAUCGGCUGAUUUACUCUGUAAAAUAUUUAAAUGGGGCAUUACUGAUAUAAUUAUCAGCAGACACGAGCGCAUGCUUAUAUAGAAUGGAUUAGUGAAAUUUACAGCUCAUGUAUACAAAAACCCCUUCUCCUGUGGGUGAUUAGCGCCCCCUGGGGACCAACCACGUGUCUGCUGGCUGUUACAAAAAAUUAUGUAAACUGUGAGAAGGUCCUGCUGAGCAAAACUGAUUGCUUACAAAAGUCCAGAUAAUUAUUAACAUGACUGAAUGACAACAACUGUUAACCAUUAAUGAUUAGUUUAUAGCUACAAAGAAGACGAUUUGAAUUUGGUUGUUCUGUUUCGUAGAGGUGCUUCACGUUAUCCCUUAUGUCUUCGACUUUCCUUUAAAGAAGCCAUAAUGUCAGUUAACUGAUCAAACCAGACAAUGUAAAUAAAUUUAAAUACGUACCAAAGUGUACUUUUAAACUGAGCCAGUCUCUGGUUUAGUUAGAUGCCUUCCGCUAAAUAAUUAACAUUUUAGUUAAAGUAAUACAGAGGAUCUGCUAGAAGCUAGAAUAAACUACGGGCAUACGUUUAUCAGCUCUGUGACAGUACUAAUUACCCCCCACACAUACACACACACACACACACACACACAUUCUGGAAUGCCGUGGUACACAAAUUGACGAGCCACAACCUUUAAGGAGACACUGCUCUAUCCGUGUGUCCCGACACCUUUAAUAUCGAUAUACUGCUCUGGCGCUAGUUAUAACAAACGCAACAUAUUAAACCUAAAGAUUAGCACACGUCUGUGUGCUGCGUUACGUCAGUGAAUGAGAUGGUGGCCCGUUCGCUAAGCAGGUCCUUCAUUGUUAUGUUGAUCCAUCAUGGUUCUGUAGGUAACGUUUAGCUCAGAGUUACGGCAGCUUAUUCACUACAUUGUUCAAUUUAAUGGUUCGUUUUAUACAGCGAUAGCAGCUAACUACCAAACUACCAAGCUAUUUAUGUUUACUCCAGUGACCGCCUCUCAUAGGAAUGCUAGCUUUAGCAAAAAAUAUAAUUGUUAACCCAUUUUCAUUAAAUGUGGCAAUAUGUGACGUUUAUGUCAGCAGUAUUGCUAACCAUGUGGCUGAUUUUAGCCAAUGAGACGUCAGGGCGGGGCAGUUCGGCACAGGGACUCUGUAUAACAUUACGAGUUACCACCUGUAUUACUGAAUACACACGAACAUGAAGACAAACGCCCCCCGAGACUCAACAGUGAACUCUUCGCAUCAACUUCCUGUUGUUCUGACCAAUCAGAAGCAAGACUGAGGGCGGGGCCAGGGAAUAUCUUGCAUGUCAGACCAAACUACACGUCUUCAUUUGCUGCACCUACAGACACCUUCUUCUGCUGGAGGAGGAGGGAAAGGAGGAAGCUGUCACCAGUUUUAGCCUUGGCGUUAACAUUAGCUGCUUAAAGAACACUAUGGGUUUGUUUAGUUCGAGUCCUUAUUUAAAAAGCAUUGUAGCUAGGCACGUGCCGAUAUUCAGGUGCACGAUAUAUCGUGAUAUUUAACACAAGCAUUCAGGAUCAGAGAUGAAGAAGUCUGUCCAAAUGACGGCCCCAGGACAAAUCUGAAGACGUGUCUUUCUUUUAAGAGUUGUGUAGAAAACACGGAGUACAGAAUAUACCUGAAUUAGUAGCUAACGUCGCUCGUAAACGUGGUGUUGUCCUUUAAAUACUGAAAAGAAAGUUAAAUAUCGGCACAUGUCUACUCUUUUCAAAGAAUGACUGGCUUACUAAUAGGCAAGUGAAAGAAAAUAAUUGUAUGUUGAGUUUAUUGUUCUGAAGGUAUCAUAGGAAUGUGUUUAUUUAUUAUUAACAUCAUCUUAUUGUUCUGUCUGUAAGGCACCACUUUAAUCUCAGAUAUGACCUAAAACUGUUGGCUGUGUUAAACAGUACAUGUCAGUCAGGGCGUACUGAGCAUGAAGUGUGUGCCAGUAAUCUGAUGUACACCGUAGGGGUGGGCGAUAUGAUCAAAAUAUCACAUCGCGAUACUUGAAAAUGUUUCUACAUUACAUGAUAUAACAACAAAACUGAUUUAAGUUACAGUUUUAAAGAUCAGAGUUUGUACUUGUUCUAUAAAUACCGAUGAUAUCCGAGAUAUCUCUGAUAUAAUAUAUAAUAACAUCAUAUGGCCCAGCCCUACAGGUUAUUGUAUACUCUACACAGGUUAGGCUGUUAUUGUGAUACGGAAACGUAAUAUCAGAACACACCUAGUGCUUAUAAACUCACAUAACUUAGCCUUAUAGCUUCUUUUUUGAUUAAUUUUUUAACCCGUCCUUUAAACGUGGCUUUUUUCUCAUCGUUCUAAAGGCAUUUUAAUUUUAUUUAGCACAAUAUUGCACUAAUUUAUUUGACGUCUUCACUUGCCUGUGAGUGAACCUGACUCGUGUGAGAAUAAUGUUAUUCCUGAAAACUAUACUGAUUUGUUUUUUACAGAUUACGACAACAGUUUUGGUUGACCAUGUCACGUUAUAAUUUUCUUUCUUCAAAGUUUUAUCAUUUUAUAUUAUUUUCUAAUACAGAAAAUGCAUUUUAUUCAUGAAUCUAUUCCGUCGCGCUUGUAAAUACGUGACAUUCUGGAAGGACUAUGCUAACGUUAUUUGAAAUUGUUAUUAACAGACGUUACUCGAUGUAAUUAACAUGUAAUAACACGUCUACUUGAAUAGGCUGUACAGAAUAGCGCUGUUAUAUGGGACGUUAUUAGAGGACAUUUGGUCUAGAGUUUAGUUUUGCGCUGCAUUAUGUUUGUCACGUUCACUCUUUUCUGUCGCCUAAACACACACACACACAGGGAGAGAGAGAGAGAGAGAGAGAGAGAGAGCGAGCAUGAGAGAGAGAUAGAGAGAGAGGGGUUUAUAAUAGACUAGUGCCUUCUUGUAUCACUUCAGGCUUCAGGGCGGUAAAAGUAUUGUAGGAAAGACAAAAGUCUCCUGACUUUUCCCCCAAAGAAGAAAGUAUGAAAUCACAGUAAUCUACUUUUCAAAAAGCUGUAAAUUGUAUUAAAUUUCUACGUUGUUUUGCUAAACUUCUUAAGGCUUAGAGCAGUUUUCAAAGCGACCAGGCCACAAGUCUGAGAACAGUUUUGAAUCCAAGUGACUAAACGCAGGCAGAUUUUUGUCUGAAGCAAAAAAAUAAAGGAGUGACAAUCCCAAUGAUGGCGUCUGUUAUCUUGAGGCAACAACAGACGCCAUCCUUAGAUCAAUAAUAAAAAAAUUACUGCUCUGGCUGCCACGACUGCGAGUUACAAAUCUGAUUCGAACCUGUCGACUUUUAGAGGGCCAAACCUGAGCAGUCGGCUGAAGAUCUAAAGCCGGAAUAGAAAGCAAUGUACCGUUGCGCUGGAUUGGACAAAUACCUAGAGACACAAAUAGAUUUAGCAACUGGACUGGUGAACGUCUCAAAUGAUGACGGUGUAGUUCAGCUCAGUAGAUGGAGAAUAUCCUGAUGAAGGUAGAAGAAUGUAAAAGGAAGUGUUUUUGUAGCUCAUGGGAUCUGGGUUAGUGCGUGGAGCUUGUUCUCUCUCUCAGCUCAGCUCUGUUCCUCACACGGGGUGAACAUAUUGGGUUUCAGCUCUGAAACAAGCUGUACAGUAGAACAUGAGGAAAGCACAUUUAACAUGAACAUGCUGAUGGCUGUAAAGUGAAAUCUGAAGGGAAAAAACAAAACAGCCAUGUUUUUUUGUAAGUGUUGAUUGGUUAGAUAACUAUAGGACCUAAAAGGCCAUGAUGUAAAGAACGGAGCUCCUCCUUUCCCCUCAUCCUUCUGUACGAUGUGUAUGACAUCACCAACCGUGUAUGGAGAUCAAUUACAAAGUGCUGAUGUGAACGAC